AUUACAAGAAUAAAGAUAUUCUGAAUAAAACUCGUUUAUCGAAAGUACCUAACCCAUUCCUCAUAAGUCGGUGUAAUCUCUCAACAGCAAAGAAAUGUUCAUGGUUCAUUAAAUAAAUGACGGUUUAAUAUAAACAUCAUUCAUUUAAGCUUCAGAAAUACCAUUUCCAUAAAGUUUUAUUAUAAUAAUUAUCAAAAACAGACAAUAGGCUUAUAAGGUUCUUAAUAUUUGCUAUUUUCUUUCCAACAAUCCAUUUUUCAGAUACCACCACCAAUUAAUUUUCGUGACCAAAUCCCUCUGCUAUUCUUAUUGUAUUUACUUUAAUUCCUUUUAAUCCCACAACCAAGACCCACAAAUCGGACAGUCAUUUCGUUGGGGGGAAACAAUCAUUUGUAUACCAGUCGGGUCCAGUCCACCCUCGGAUGUGAGGGUGUUAUGUUCUCUGUUAUGAGAAUGUUAUUGCUAUAUUAUCGCUGAGAUGCGUGGAAUAUUAUCUUCGUCACACCUUUUACUCCCCCAAUACAGGCACGCGACCAGCACCCACACCCACGCACACCAAGCAUAUGUAAGAGUUCUAUAUACAUAUACAUAUAUAGAUAUACCGACAACCGGCCUCUCACAUUUUUCCACCCCUAAUGAGGGAUUGCAAUUCAAUGUGUCCCCUCUCCAGGUUUUCUGUGACUGCUUUUUGUAUACCCUCGUCAAAGGUAAUACCACAGUUUGGAUAGGAUGGAAACGAUUUCGAAGUCAUCAUUAUUAAGCAUAAUCGAUAUAGCCAUGUGCGUUCAUCCUUCUGUCUGUUCUUAUAAAAAACUAUACAGAGAUUGAACCUUUUUAUACUACUGUUACUACUAUAGUAUGUAUGUAUACAACUGGCAACUAAUAAGAUCGCAUCAAUAUAUCCAAAAAUGUUAUAGAUUGCAGUUCAUCAAGAUCAAAAUACAAUUACUAUUUCAUCGGAAGAAUACCAAUUAGAUACCAACUAUAACACACAAAAUCGGAUUACUUUUAUAGAAACGAUUAUGAAUCGAGAUUUUACAUUUAUUACUACUCAAGAGUGAUAUAAUCAUCAGAUGCUGAAAAUUUUCCAGCAGCAUAAAAACAUCUUUAGUUUCAGUUUUAUAAAGAUUGGAUGACCAUAUAAUAGAUCAGUCUUUGGAACGUUCGUUCUAAAAGGGUUUUAAGACUCAGAACCCAACCAUCUCAUGUGAUUCCCCGUAGUUCAUCCAAGUUUGAUUAAGAUCUGCCAUAGAAUUAUUCUUCUGCAAGGGUAUCAAGAGCUUCGGUCCUUGCUGAAAGCCUCCCCUGAAUGUUUUUGUCAUUUCUUUGCUUCACCGUUUGGGGGAGAUAUCAGGCAGACAAAGCAGAGACAUACUUAUAGACAUAGAGAGAGAUAGAGAGAGAGAGCGAGAGUGGAUAAACUGGCACGCUGUUGCUCCACAGCAGCUUCUGUGACGUCACGACACGGUGAGGGCUCUUCUAAGCCCUGCACGGCCCUGCCCAGCACGGCGGGCAACAGAUACAGACAAACGACACAUCGUGCGAGGGGCGGCUCUUAUCAGCAUUCGGCAUCGGACAAAUCGAAGACAAAAACAAAAGCGGAUUUAAUCUCGGAGAGAAAGGUCCGGCUAAUCAUUCGAAAUGUUGCCACCGCCAACGACGCCGGUGCUCCUCUGGGGGCUGCUGCUCUUCUUGACGGCUACCCUGGCCAGACGCGUCCACGCCCACUACACCAGUGGGGAUGUGGUCUACCAUCCGUUGUCGCACUUCUGGACGGGCGUGGGCUUCUGUCCAGCCGGUGACAUAGAUCACAAGGGGAUUAGCGCCGCCCUGAGCGCCCCUGAGCUGCAAAUGAACCUCCGGCAGAUUGCAGCCCUGCCGGUGGGCGCUGUGACCCACAUACGCAUCCACUGGCUGCUGGAGCUGGUGCAGUUCCUGCAGUACGACAUGAGCGGUGUGCCACAGUACGACUUUGGUAAGUUCGACAACUUUAUUGACUUUCUGCACGAGGAGCUGCGCCUGUCGCCGGUUCUUGAGUUCAUGGGGAAUCCGGGGCAGGUAUUCACGGAGAAUCCACAGCAGAUCUCCUUCUUCUGGGACCACUUCGUGAAGACUACCCUCAAUCAUCAGAUAGUACGACAUGGCUCUGCCCGGAUGACCAACUGGCGCUACGAGACCUGGAACGAGCCAGAUCUGCGUGGCUACAACACGCUCAACCUAACACUGGACUACUACUUGGAGUAUGUGCAAGCCGUUCGACGAGGUCUCAGCAAGGCGGGUGGUGCCCAUUCCCACACGAAUCUGCCCAUGUACCGGGCUCUGAGGGGCCCUGCAGGCCUGUUUAAGAACCUCAACAGUCACCCACGUUGCUGGAAGCUGCUGCAGCUGUGCAAUCAACGUAUGGUCCACUGUCCCAUCGAUGUGCUGACCUUUCACCGCAAGGGACUCAACGGAAGUGCCGUGGAAGUUGUGAAUGCUUCGCUGUCUUUGCUGGCGAAGAUCUACAAGGAGUAUCCCAAUCUCAAGCAACUGCCGGUGGCCAAUGAUGAAGCUGAUCCUGUGGCUGGGUGGAGCACACCGCGCGAGUUCCAGGCGGAUGUGCGGUACGGAGUGACUUUGAUGUCCACGGUGAUGCAGCAUUGGCAUGCCAAGCUAUCCGGCGGUCCGCUGAGCCGUCUGGAGUCCAUUAGCCAUGACAAUGCCUUCCUCAGCUAUCAUCCGCACGAGUUCACACAGCGCACUCUUUUGGCCCACUUCCGGAUGAACGAAACAAAUCCACCGCACUCUCAGUUCAUACAGAAGCCGGUGUACGCUGCCCUGGGGAUGCUGGCCAAGUUGGGAAGCCGCGCUGCCGACAUGGAGCUGGUAAACAUGGACACCAAGCACAGUGUACAGGUCUGGCGCACCGUCUCCGGCGGCAUGGGCGGACCGGGCCAGUACAUGGCCACCAUUUUCCUCAGUCCCGAGGAGGCAGUACCAAAGAUCACGGCCUUCCAUCACAAGUACACGCUAAACAUGUCCAUAGCCAACGAGUCGGCAUUCAUCACCGAGCUCCUGAUGCCGCACAACACGGAUCCAUACUAUCUGUGGACCCAGGCAGGCAGUCCAGCAUAUCCCAAUGCCACUCUGCGCGAGGCCAUGCGCCGGGCGCAGACACCACGGCUCUACGAAACGGGUCCCAUCUGGCAGUACAACAGCGAGCUGGUCAUCAAUUCGGCCAGCAUACCCCUGCCCUGGGCGAUGCUGUUGCGCGUGUGCUCCGCCUCGUGGCCGAAACUAAAGCGACCGCAGCAGCUGUCUAUUGUGGAGGUCACGCACCGCGAGGUGUUCAUCAGCUGGCGCGAGCAUCCCAAGUCCAUGCAAUGUCUAAAGAGCUACGAGGUGUGGUUCAAGCAGCGUGGGGGCCAGGGUUCUGCCGCCGACUGGCUAAUGAUAUCCCGGGACUGGCACUUGCCCUAUCCAUCGUUUCAGUAUGCACCCAACGGCCAGACGGGAUCAGUGAAUGGUUUCUACAAAGUCCGCGGUGUGGAUGUGUUCAAUGAGACCAGUCCCUUCUCACAAAUAGUCGAAUAUCUGGAGUUGUAAUUCAAGAAAAACAGUUUAUCGCACACAUAUUUAGACAAAAGUAAAUGACAAAAACAUAAUCAGGCUACGGCCAGGCGCCAUCCCUCUAUCUGUCUCUCUUGGAAUGGAACUGGAACUGACUUCAUUGGGCACAAAACUUCUGGACAUGCGCCUCAGCCUUAAAGCCACCCAUAUACAUAUAUAUAUCAUAUACAAUAUUUAGUGUAUAGUACAUAAUCUGUGUUGUGUUCGUAAUGCAUAAAAUGCCCACAUCCUGUGCAGGGAAUCGGCCAAAAGCGUAA